GUUUCGCCUUCCUCCUUCUCCGCUUCCGCCGCCAUGGCCGCGCCGCGCUGAGCUCCGGCCUCCGCCGCUCAGCUCCGGCCAUGGCGGCUCCGCUCUCAUAAUUUCAUCCGCCAUGCCGAGUGGAGCCACCGAGGCCAACGAAACCGCCGAGCCGGCGCUGCUGCUCCUCCAGCAACGCCUGCAAGGCCUCGGCUUCGCCCAAAGCGGCCCGGAGGAGGAGGAAGAAGAGGAAGAAGAGGAUGAUGAUGGCGGCGAGGCGGAGCUGAGGGAGGAUGAAGACGAUGAAGCCGCUUUGUUGUUGCUCCCUCGCGGCUUGGAUGUUACGGGAGAUCGGGGAAUGAUGGCGGCCAUGCUGUCGCAGGCUUAUGGUGAGCUCGGAGCUGUUGGAGGCGAACAGGCGGCGCUGCUGAGGAGGAAAAGCGUCAACACCACCGAGUGCGUGGCCGUGCCCAGCUCCGAGCAUGUGGCCGAGAUUGUGGGGCGUCAGGGCCAUGGUGAAGACCAUGUUGAAGCAGGCUGUCCUUGUGAGGGAUGCAGAGAUCUGCCCGUAGGGGAAGUGCCCAUGCCAGAGCAGGUGGAUGCCUGGAGGAGGCUGUGGUCCAGUGGAAGACCUGAUGAAGAGAGGGGGCCCUUGCUUCCAGGAUGGAGCAGCCUGUCCUUGGAGGACUGCACCCCAUGGAAGAGUGACCCACACCACAGCAGUUUGGGAGGACUGUUAGCCCAUGGAGAGAGUUCACAUUGCAACAGUUUUGGGAGGACUGCUGCUCAUGAGAUUGGAACCACAUUGGAGAAGUUCAUGGAGAACCGUCUCUGGUGGGAGGGACCCCAUGGCCUCACAAGGGAAGGAUUCCUCUCCCUGAGCAGCAGAAGAAAACCUUGGGUGAUGAACUGACCAAAACUCCCCUGCCCUGUCUCCCUGCACUGUUGGUGGGAAGGAGGGAGGGGCUGGGGGGGAAACGGUAUCUUAAGGGCUUAUUUGACUUCUCAUUAUCCUCCUCUGAUUCUGUUAGUAAUAAAUUCACUUUGCAAUUUGA